AACAUGAAAACGUUUAGCAGACCCACAGAUGCUUUCUGGAGCGAUUAUCAUGAUCUCACCUCACCUCAUCACUCUGAGCAGGUGAGGGUGAAGGACCUUGCUCAGGGACCCAGGUGGGAUUUUAACUCAUAACCUUCUGACUGAGCUCGAACUUCCUCACUUCCUAAUCGAUUUAAAACCAUUUAUACAUGAAGACAAUAACAUCGAAUUGCAGAUUUUCAGCAGAAAGUUUUGAUUUUGGAUCUACGAGUCAAGUGAAGGUUUCGGCUCAAAGAGUCGGCUCGUUAAAGACUCGACACGGCUCAGUUGUACCAGGUGAGAUCAGAUCCUCAUCUCCGGCGUGUUUAGGACGCUUUUCUCUGAUCUCUAAAACCACAUCGGAUUUAGUGUGAGGUAAAAGCCGGGCUGCUGUAGGUGCUGAACGCGGUUAUGUGUGUUCCGGGUAUGAAUGUGAGGGUUAUGAUGUGCUAACCCGCUAGCUAGCUGAGCUGUUCGGCUAAAAGUGGCAGGCUGCCAGCUGGGGCUCCGUCCGGUUCCUCAGGACCAUCCCGCGGAUUGGCAGGAGAUACGUUCACUUAUCAGGAGAUACUCUGGCUAAAUAACAGGUAUAGGUCACUUUGGUCAUUUUUAUGGUAUCUCCUCCUGAUAUCUAAUGGCCUGUAAACACCAGAAGACGAACAGAUGGAAGACAUUUAUAACUGUGAGAAAGACUCAGAGGGAUGAAGAAUUUACAGGAAAAGAUAUGAUCGCUGUCCUGUCGUAGGUCAUCGUUCGCUCUCAUUUCUUCCCUUACACCCCUCAUCAAGAGCUCCCACUAUGAUGAUGUCAGACGAGAUUAAACGUGAAGUUCCGGAGCCCACGGCCAGUUCCAGCAGUCCGGAUCGGUCGCUGGAGCAAACGGGGAACGAAAUGCACAUCUGUUCGCGGUGCGGAAAGAGUUUUCCACACCAGAGUCUCCUCCAAACACACCAGUGCUUUCACACGAAAGGGAAGCCGUACCAGUGCUCCGAGUGCGAGAAAAGCUUUAACGAUCGCAGUAGCCUCAUAAAGCACCUGCGGAUUCAUACCGGAGAGAAGCCGUAUCAGUGCUCCGAGUGCGGGAAGUGUUUCACUCAGAAGGGCCACAUCACCAAGCACCUGCAGAUUCACACCCAGGAGAAGCCGUAUCACUGCUCGCUGUGUGGGAAGAACUUUAAUUACCUCUGUAACCUCCAGCGGCACCAGCGCACACACACGGGAGAGAGGCCGUAUCAGUGUCCGCAGUGUAAGAAGAGGUUUAGUGAGAAAGACGGGCUCAUGAGACACCAGCGCAUUCACACGGGAGAGAAACCCUACGAGUGUUUGGAGUGCGGGAAGAGUUUUACCGAGAGAGGGAGCCUGCUGAAGCACCAGAGGAUCCACACAGGGGCGAAACCGUACGAGUGCUCGUACUGCGAAAUGAGUUUUACACAAAGGUGCAACCUCCAGCAGCAUGAGCGCAUUCACACGGGAGACAAACCGUUUUACUGCCUCGAGUGCGGCAAGAGUUUUAACCGGGAGACGGCUCUCCAGGUGCACCAGUGCAGCCACACCGGGGAGAAGCCUUAUCACUGCCCAGAGUGCGGGAAGAACUUCAGUGACCAGAGCAAUCUCCGACAACACCGUCGCAUUCACACGGGAGAGAAACCCUACAUCUGCUCGCAGUGCGGAAAGGGUUUUACGCAGCACUGCCACCUUCAGGUCCACCAGCGCAUUCACACCGGGGAGAGGCCGUUUCCUUGUCCUCAGUGCGGCAAGAGUUUUACACAGCAGUGUCAUCUUCAGCGUCACCAGCGCAUCCACAUGGGAGAAGUGAUCCACCGCUGUUCACAAUGUGGGAAGAGUUUUGCUCGGAAGAGUCACCUGAAAGAACACCACCGGAUUCACACCGGCGAGAAGCCGUUUCUCUGCGCCCACUGCGGGAAGAGUUUCUCCGUAAAGAGUAAUCUGGAGCAGCACCAGCAGAUUCACACAGGAGCGAAGCCGUAUCUCUGCUCGCACUGCGGCAAGAGCUUCACUCAGAAGAGCAAUCUGAAGAAGCACCAGCGCAUCCACACGGGAGAAAAGCCGUAUCGGUGUCAGCAGUGCGGGAAGAGUUUUAUCGAGAGGGGGAACCUCGUGAAACACGAGAGAAUCCAUACGGGAGAGAAACCGUAUCACUGCUCGCACUGCGGGACAAGUUUUACGGAGAGAAGUGCACUCCAGCAGCACCUGCGCAUCCAUACGGGAGAUAAACCUUAUCGCUGCUUAGACUGCGGGAGGAGUUUUAACCGAGGAAACACCCUCCAAGUGCACCAGCGCAUCCACACGGGCGAGAAGCCGUAUCACUGCUCGCACUGCGGCAAGAGCUUCACUAGGCAGAGUUGUCUCCAGGUUCACCAGCGCAUCCACACCGGGGAGAGGCCGUACUUCUGCUCCGAGUGUGGGAAGAGCUUCAGGGACCAUAAAAACUUUCAGAGGCACCAGCGCGUUCACACGGGCGAGAAACCCUAUUACUGCUUUGAAUGCGGGAAGAGUUUCAGCGACCAGAGGAAUUUUCAGCAGCACCAGCGAGUCCACACCAGAGAGAAACCGUACCAGUGCUCGUACUGCGGCUCCAGCUUCACUCAGAAAGGUAAUUUCCGGCGACACCUGCGCAUCCACACGGGCGAGAAGCCGUACCGCUGCUCGGAGUGCGACAAGAGCUUCACUAGGCAGAGUGACCUCCAGAUACACCAGCGCAUCCACACCGGGGAGAGGCCGUACUUCUGCUCCGAGUGCGGGAAGAGCUUCAGGGACCAUAAAAACUUUCAGAGGCACCAGCGCGUUCACACGGGCGAGAAACCCUAUUACUGCUUCCAGUGCGGGAGGAGUUUCAGCAACCAGAGGAAUUUUAAGCAACACAAGCAUAUAGACACACCCAAGAAGGAGGAAGAGGACGUGGACUUCUUGUGACUUUCAGGAUGCUGAAUUUCUCCUGCUGCAAAUAUGGAUGGCUACCGGAUACGCCUCAUUGUUCAAAUAUCCCAUAUGUGUCAAUAGAUGCAGUGACGGGUUGAUUUUUAUAUUUUUCAAAGCUGUGCUGUAUAAAACAGGGCCCCUGUCCUCCAUCUUGGAUUUUCUGACGAGGUCACGGCAUGACGUGCCAAUUUCACUUGGUCACACGUCUUCACGUGAUGCGUAUUCUCAGGUCAGAGCUCGCUUGAGCUAAUGUUUAGCUCUCCAGCUAUUCGCAUGCGUAUGAAACGGAAAUUGGUGGAAUGAAAAGCGCACUAAAAAACUCUUCGUUGGACUUGCAUUAAAAAAAUAAAAGUAGUCACACAAUUAACAAUUUAGUUGAAUGAACAAAAGAAAUUCAGGUAAAGUUGAAAAAUUAUUUGAGUAAAUACAAACCUUUCAGAUUUGUCCCUAUUAAAUAUUAGUUAUUUGUACAUUUGACUUAAAUGUUCUGUUACGUUUAUAAACGUUAAAUACGUGAGGUGAAAAGUUUUUUAUGGAUUUGACUUGAUAGUUAAUCAAUUUGCUCUAUAAGUAGGAAACUUUAACAACCACAAAUGUAUUUUUUAGAAACGAAAUGCAUUUACAUUUUUUGCAAGAUCUUGCAAAAAAAAAAUUGUCCUGCCAAGAAAUUGUGAAAAGAUUUUAAUUUCACAGGUCGUUCGAAACAAUUACACCACAUCAUCAUUCGGGUUAAUAGUAAACGUUCUUCACGAGGUCUUCUGAAGUGCACAAAUGGUCAUAAUUUUACUUUUUUUAAAGUCAUACUUAAACUGUUGCAGAACUUUAUUUCUGAUAUUUCAGAUGUUCAGUAAAAGAACAACAUUCACGUCAAUAGAAAACCCAGUGUGCAACCACUUGCAAAUAUUGUAAUAAAUAAUCAUUAGAAAAAUAGUGAAAAAAAAGGUUUGUUCAUGACAUCAGACCACCAAAUGCUGCAGCAUUACAUUUUUGAUGUGUCAAAUCUUUUGAGCCAUCAGUAAAUAAAACAUUAAAACUGACUCAAACGAGUCACAGUUCCUAAAAACAUUACGAGUUGGUAUCAAAAUGUUUGGAGAUUCACUCUGUUUACAAAAAAGUACUUUAUUUAUCUACGUUUCCACAGGAUCACCUUUAAAAUAGUCCCCCUGCUCAGCAAUACAGCGCCUCCCAGUGUUCUUCUGGAACGUGUCCUGGAACUCUUUCUAUUGGAAGCGUGUUAAUCUCCUUCUGAGAUUCGUACCCGAUCUCCACACCGGUGCCCAAACAGUGACCUUUGAGUUGGAGCUUCAUCCUCAGAUAAAGUGUAAAGUCAGGAGCCAAAUCUGGUGAGUAGGGUGGCGUGGAAUUGAGAUCGUGUGGAUCGUUCUCCACUGAUCAUCACGCACAAGUUGCUGAAAGGUCUUUGGGGGUUGAGCUCGUUGAAGGUCUUCCUGAACUGGUAGUGACGUUCCUCCGCUCCUGAAGUGCACAUGCCGCACAAAACACCUCGAACGCCUCGUUGCAGCGCAGCCGUAUGUCGAACGCUCACGUACAACGUCUCUGUGGGAGAUUUGUCUGGUUCACGCUGAAUUUUCAUGUUCGCUUUUUGUUCUAACUUGCUGUCCGUGAUAAAAUCGCAGACGUGGUAUCGCACGUAGACAGAAAAGCACAAGUUACACCAUUACUCUCAAAUCAUUUUGAUACCACCUCAUACAUGAGCAUAUAUAUCUCUCCUGACAUCAACACUAAAACCCCAGUUGUAUGUUGUGACACACACAGGCUUCAACUCGGUUCUACAUCGUCUUUUAACUACACAAUCAUUUCCCACGAGCGCAUUUAUUCCUGCAAAACCUCUGAGCUUUUCACAUUGCUAAUCACUUUAGCAGCUAAAUCAACAAAGUAGAUCAAAAUGCUACUGUACGUUGUGUGUGGCCACUUUUUCACAGUCCUCUAUAAGGAAGAGACCGGAAUGCUGCUGAUGUUCUUUAGAAGUUCUGUCAGAAUGAGUAGCGACACUGCAGGAAGUUCCACACAGAAUGUUUGUCAUAAACGUUACCUGAUUAUUGGUUGCUUUUUUAAAUAUCAUGUCUGGAUUUUCAGUGCUGACAGUCAAAAAUAAAAGUGUUGGAGAAUUA